UUGCAAAAGCUUUGUUCGGAAAUUCUUUCUUAUCUCGUUCUCCUAACAUCGAUAUCGUGCACCAACACCAUGCAGUAUCCGAAAGUCUUCAACAGCACCAACACAUCCUGGUUGGUUCCAGAAGCCCAAACUGAGGAAAAGGUCGAUGAGGCGAUGGAGUCCGUGCCCGACGUUGACAUUUCUAACCUUCUUAUUAAUUAUCUCCCUAUUGAUAUGACGGAAGACGAGUUGUUCGAUAUUUUUUCCAAGGCAGGGAAAAUCGUAAAGCGUAAGAUUGUCCGGGAAAAGCAUUUAAAAAAAAGCCUCGGAUACGGAUUCGUGGAGUUUGAAAGCGCAAGCGCCGCAAGGAUCGCCCAGGCGAAGUUCAAUGGAUACGAGAUCCGAGGCAAAUCCCUUAAAGUGACCUUUGCCAAGCCCCGGACCGAGGACACCCUUAACACUAACUUGUUUGUGACGUUUCUGCCACCCGAUGUGGAUGAGAGCAAGCUGGCCACGCUGUUCGGAUGCUAUGGAACCAUCACCGAGGUGAAGGUCUUACGUUGCAAGCAGUCUGGGAGGUCGCGCUGUUCAGGAUUUGUGCGCUUCGAUCAGCGCCUAGCUGCUGAGAUGGCCCUGAAAGCCUUGGACAAUUAUCUCUUUAAAGACGCUGUGCAGUCCAUUUCGGUCAAGUAUUCAACGAAACAAACUAGGCAUGAGAGGACCUCUUCCAAUCCCAACAAGGGGUCCCCUGUCCUCACCAAUCGCCAUAUAGACCCAGAAGCCCAGAAGGCUUCCAAGAGCAAUCGGGACCCAUCGCUCUUUCCCCAUCCCAUCAAUCGCCCGAUGGAUCCAAUCGGUCAGCGCAGUGAAGCUGCAUAUCGAUCUCCGCUGCCAGACAACCGUUACAUGGAGCCAAAAUUGCAGCAGCGCCAGAUGGAUUCAAAAAUCCAGCAACGCUACAUGGGGGCGGAGAUUGAGGAGCGCCAUAUGAAUCCAAGGAUCCAGCAGCCCAACAUGGAUGCAGGAAACCUGCAGGAAGUCCACCGUGGUCAAGUGUCAAGUGUUUAUCCCGGGUUGAUCAAUCGCCCGAUGGAGCCAGAAAUCGAGCAAACCGCCAUGCGCAGUAAGGAGGCAUAUCUAUUCCCAAUUUCGGACCAGAGAUACAUGGAGCCAAGGAUUCAGCAGCGCCAGAUGGAUGCAGAGAUUCAGCAGCGUCACAUGGAGGCAGAGGCUCAGCAGCAGCAGAUGAAUCCAGAGAUUCAGCAGCGCCCGAUGGAUCCAAAGAUCCACCAGCGCCAGAUAAACCCUGAUAUUCAGCAGCGCAACAUCGAUGCAGAGAUCCAGCAGCGCCACGUGGAUCCAAAGAUCCACCAGCGCCACAUGGAGGCAGAGAUGCAGCAGGCCGUCAACCGUGGUCAAGUGUCAAAUCUGUAUCCGGGGUCCAUCAAUCGCCCGAUAGAGCCAGAGAUCCAGCAAACCGCCAAGCGCAGUGAAGCUGCAUAUCGAUCUCCGCUGCCAGACAACCGUUACAUGGAGCCAAAAUUGCAGCAGCGCCAGAUGGAUUCUAAAAUCCAGCAACGCUACAUGGGGGCGGAGAUUGAGGAGCGCCAUAUGAAUCCAAGGAUCCAGCAGCCCAACAUGGAUGCAGGAAACCAGCAGGCCGUCCACCGUGGUCAAGUGUCAAGUGUUUAUCCCGGGUUGAUCAAUCGCCCGAUGGAGCCAGAAAUCGAGCAAACCGCCAUGCGCAGUAAGGAGGCAUAUCUAUUCCCAAUUUCGGACCAGAGAUACAUGGAGCCAAGGAUUCAGCAGCGCCAGAUGGAUGCAGAGAUUCAGCAGCGUCACAUGGAGGCAGAGGCUCAGCAGCAGCAGAUGAAUCCAGAGAUUCAGCAGCGCCCGAUGGAUCCAAAGAUCCACCAGCGCCAGAUAAACCCUGAUAUUCAGCAGCGCAACAUCGAUGCAGAGAUCCAGCAGCGCCACGUGGAUCCAAAGAUCCACCAGCGCCACAUGGAGGCAGAGAUGCAGCAGGCCGUCAACCGUGGUCAAGUGUCAAAUCUGUAUCCGGGGUCCAUCAAUCGCCCGAUAGAGCCAGAGAUCCAGCAAACCGCCAAGCGCAAUGAAGAUGCAUUUCUUUUUCCGAUGCCGGAUAAGAGUUACAUGGAGCCAAAGGUCCAGAAGCGCCAGAUGGAUCCAGAGACUCAGCAGCGCCAGAUGGAUCCAAAGCAGCGCCGCAUGGAUGCAGAGUUUCAGCAGCGUCGCAGUGAUCCAAAGAUCCACCAGCGCCAGAUAAACCCUGAUAUUCAGCAGCGCAACAUCGAUGCAGAGAUCCAGCAGCGCCACGUGGAUCCAAAGAUCCACCAGCGCCACAUGGAGGCAGAGAUGCAGCAGGCCGUCAACCGUGGUCAAGUGUCAAAUCUGUAUCCGGGGUCCAUCAAUCGCCCGAUAGAGCCAGAGGUCCAGCAAACCGCCAAGCGCAAUGAAGAUGCAUUUCUUUUUCCGAUGCCGGAUAAGAGUUACAUGGAGCCAAAGGUCCAGAAGCGCCAGAUGGAUCCAGAGACUCAGCAGCGCCAGAUGGAUCCAAAGCAGCGCCGCAUGGAUGCAGAGUUUCAGCAGCGUCGCAGUGAUCCAAAGAUACAGCAGAGCCGCAUGGAGGCAGAGAGUCAGCAGCGCCAGUUGGAUCCAAAGAUCCAGCAGCGUCGCAAGGACACAAAGAUCCAGAAGCGCCGCAUGGAUACAGAGAUUCAGCAGCGCUCAAUGGAUCCAAAGAUCCAGAAGCGCCCGAUGGAUCCAAAGAUCCAGAAGAGCCGGAUGAAGGCAGACACUCAGCAGCGUCAGAUGGAUCCAAAGAUCCAACAGCGCCGCAUGGAUGGAGAGACUCAGCAGGCCGCCAAACGUGACCAAGCGGACGCAGAGAUCGAGCAAAUUGCUUGCGGAUAUGUUGAUCCAUUUGAGGAAGAAGACGUUUGAAUGCACGUUGUUUACACACUCUUGAUAAGCUUUGCAUACAAGCACAUUUUAAAUAUUGAAUAUUCUAUCACCUAAUUCAACUGAAUUUCCUUUCCUUUCAUUUAAAGAUCUGCCAUUCAAGGUGUGAAUAUUGUGUUAAUACCGAAUAAAGACAUGGACACAGCUUCCUUUAGGAAGUCCACACCAA